CUUGUUCGUCCUUUCCAGAAGAAAUGGCAGCUGUUGACAUAGACGUGCCGCUGGAAACAGAGCCUCAAAUCCACAAUCAGGAGGACCUGGAACGUUCCAGGUGUACCACACCACAGUCGAGUCCUUUCAGACAUACUCUCACUCUGCCCCAUCUUCAAGAAUUUCCCAGUCAGGCUGAAGGCUUCAAAGAACAAGGAAAUGCACUCUACAGCAAGAAAGAUUACUCUGAGGCUUUCAACUAUUAUACUAAGGCCAUCGAUACUUGCCCCAAAAAUGCAAGUUAUUAUGGCAACAGAGCAGCCACACUCAUGAUGCUGUGUCGCUUUCGAGAGGCCCUUGAGGAUUCCCAGCAGGCUGUGCGGCUGGAUGACUGUUUCAUGAAGGGGCAUCUACGCGAGGGUAAGUGCCACCUGUCUCUGGGAAAUGCCAUGGCAGCCAGUCGCUGCUUUCAGAAGGUUCUGGAGCUGGAGCCCAGCAACAGAGAGGCUCAGCAGGAGAACAAGAACGCCGCGACUCUUCUGGAGUAUGAGCGAAUGGCAGAUUUUGGCUUUGAAAAGCGGGAUUUCAGAAAGGUGGUGUACUGUAUGGACCGGGCCUUAGCUUUGGCUACUGCCUGCCACCGCUUCAAAAUCCUUAAGGCUGAGUGUCUGGCUCUGCUGGGACGCUAUCCAGAGGCUCAGUCUGUAGCAAGUGAUAUCCUGCGAAUGGAUUCUACCAAUGCAGACGCAUUGUACGUUCGAGGUCUGUGUCUUUACUAUGAGGACUGCAUCGAUAAAGCUGUACAGUUCUUUGUCCAGGCCCUGCGCAUGGCACCUGACCACGAAAAGGCCCGGCUAGCCUGCAGAAAUGCUAAAGCCUUAAAAGCCAAGAAGGAGGAGGGCAACCAGGCUUUCAAGAACAGCAACUAUGAAGCUGCCUACCAGCUGUAUACUGAGGCCCUGGCGAUAGACCCCAACAAUAUCAAGACCAAUGCCAAACUCUACUGCAACAGAGCCACGGCAGGAGCAAAGCUGAAGAAACUUAAUCAAGCCAUUGAAGACUGCACCAGUGCAAUCAAACUAGAUGACACUUACAUCAAGGCCUACUUAAGGAGAGCUCAGUGUUACAUGGACACAGAGCAGUAUGAAGAGGCUGUGCGGGACUACGAAAAAGUUUACCAGACAGAAAAAACCUCAGAUCACAAACAUCUGCUGAAGACGGCACAGCUGCAGCUGAAGAGGAGCAAGAGGAAAGAUUACUACAAGGUGCUCGGGGUCGGCAAGAACGCCACCGAGGACGAGAUCAAAAAAGCCUAUCGCAAACGAGCCCUCAUGCACCACCCAGACCGCCACAGUGCAGCGACUCCAGAGGUUCAGAAGGAGGAGGAAAAGAAAUUCAAGGAGGUGGGCGAGGCCUUCACCGUGCUCUCUGACCCAAAGAAGAAGAUCCGCUAUGACAACGGACACGACCUGGAUGAUGACGGCUGCUUUGAUGGUGGAGAUUUUGAUGCAAACAAUAUCUUCAGGGCUUUCUUUGGUGGCCACGGUGGAGGAUUUAGUUUCGAUUCCAGUCAAGACUCUGGACCUGGAAAUUUCUUUUUCCAAUUUGGCUAAAGCAAAGGAGUUUGUGGGAAAACGCGGCCCUACAGAGGACAAAAUUGACAGCCACCUUGUGAUACUCAUACUCCUGAGUGUCUUGCAAAAUCUCCCAGCCGUUCUUUUUCAAAAGAUUUUUGAUUAUUGCAUUCACACCUAAAUUUACUCCUCACAUUGAUGCAAACAAACAUUGGGAAGGGUAAUUCAGAGGCUUUAGUUAUUAACAGUGAAGGAAAAGAAGUCCAUAAGAAACCUUUUGAAAGAGGUUUGGAUCAGCUGAUUCCGAGCAUGUCACUGUUGCCAAAAUUCAAAUAAUGAUAAAUGGAAUUUAAUCUUGUAAAACCACCUGAAGAUGAUCAGUAGUAAGGAAUGCUUUGGAAAUAUAAGCGCAUCAUGGUUGUUUCUUUUUUUUUUUUUUUUUAAGGUUCUCCAGGGACAGCAGGUCUCUAUUGAGCAAGAGUCAAUGUACUGUAGAAGUUCAAAACUGACCUCAGGACAGCCUGUUAAGGACAACACUGGUCUCUUGCAAGGGUGUUUCCAGGUUUUAUUGGCUUACUUGCCAAAUAUAGAAUCAACUUGCUGGGGUUUUUUUUCCUUCUCCUCCAUACUGCAUUGUAUGUUUGACUCGAAUGUAAAGUCUUUUGUGUCCAUACCAUUUUUCUUCUUUAGGUCUUCCCUUUGUCUGUUUAUAUUUAUUACUGUGUAUUCUAAACUGUAUGCAGCAGAUUGCCAUUGUCUUCCCCCCUUUUUUUUUAAAGAGACUCAUUUGUAAAUGUUUUACACAUCAUCAUCUUUGCUCUCAGAUUGUACAAAUUGUGUUUUACGAAACAGGCCAAAAUCAGCAUACACACACACCUACAAAUUUUCUUCUAUUGAAAGCACCAAUCACACAUCUGUCCUGCUCUCCCAUUCAAAUUCAAGUGGUGCCUUACCAGAAUGAGUAGAUCAGCAAAACUUACAUUGAAAGCUGAAGAAGAAGCCACUUCCUAUUUGCAAACGACAACAGUCACGCUUUUAUAGGAAAACCUCUUUCAUGUCUGGCCAGUAAAUAGAAUUUUGCAAGUAAAUUCUUCAUCCUGUAAAACGUAAAAGAAAUUUCCUUUCAUGUCAUCAACACUUACUCCUAGCUGUCAUCUACCUAUACUUGUCAUGCACGUUCAGUCAGUACAGCCCUUCCCCUACUUGUUCCACUUGUUUAAAGGGGCACUGAAAGUAGGCUGGAAGCUUCCGUUGUUAACUGUUUUGUCACUGAUAUGUGUAUCAUUUUUAAAAACUUGUCACAGUAUUAACGACAUGCUUUUCUUAUUACGUAAAUAAAGGCUCGUCUUUUACUGUAA